AUGGAACCACAAGAUAUGAUUGAUCUGCAAGACGAAAUUGAGCUACAAGAUGAAACGGAAACGCAAGAUGAAAUAGAAAAAGAAGAUGAAAUGGAAAUGGAAACAGAAGAUGAAAUAGAAAUGGAGACGGAAAAGGAAAUGGAAACGCAAGACGAAGUAGAAACGCAGGAUGAAAUGGAAAUGCAGGACGAAAUGGAAAUGCAAGACGAAAUGGAAAUGCAAAGCAAAAUAGAAUAUAUAGAAGAAGACUUUGUAGUGGAGGAGGAGGAUGACAAUAGUGACAGUAAUAGCGAUAAUGUUACAGAUGAAGAUCAGAUCGUUGACGCAUCGAUGGAUAUAAACCAAAUAUUGAAUACAAAUGGAAGUGCAUCAUACUUUGAGAAUCCGACCUCUGCGUUACUAUUUUGCUAG